AUGACAGGAAGACAAUCACGAAACACCGCCGCCACGAACAAUCUCCCAGACACCGCUAACGUUAUUCUCGGUCUCUCCAACCUUAUCCGCGAGCAAGCGCAAAAUCAUCACGAUCAAAUUCAACAACUCCUUCAAAGCCGACAACCCCCACCUACACCUCCACCAAAUCCCCAAAGUCUAUACGAGCGUUUCCUUCGCAUGAAACCCUCUGAGUUUCACGGCGAUCCCAACCCGGUCAUAGCCGAAGAGUGGGUCAAAUCCUUGGAAGUAAUCUUUGAUUAUAUGCAAAUGGAUGACCGUGAACGAGUGCACUGUGCCCUCUUUUUACUUCGUAACGAAGCCCGGAACCGGUGGGAGGGAGCUAAGGAAGGUAUUGAACUCGAGAACUUGUCAUGGGAGUCAUUCAAGGUCCGCCAAGGGGAUCUCACCAUGACCGAAUACGUUCGACUAUUUGAACGAGGAUGCUUGUACGCCCCAUUCAUCGCCAAGGACGUUGAGGAAAAGAAAAAUCACUUCACAAGGGGUUUACAACCCGAAAUUCGAAGGGACAUCCGCAUGUCCGACGCCACUACUUUUCGCCAAAUGGUGGACAAGGCACUAACGGCUGCUCAAGACGAAAAUGAAAUCCAGCAAGGGAAACGACCCCAGCCACCCACACUACGACCAUGGAAGAAGGCCAAUUUUGGAAACAACAAAUUCAGAGGAAAGAAGGUCCAAAGUCCAAACUCUAAACCAGUAGCACCGACGACCAAGCCAACUUGCUCGAACUGCGGAAAGGCUCACUUUGGGAUCUGCGUAAAGGAUAUCGAGUUGUGUUUUCGAUGCAAAAGGCCCGGCCAUAAGGCGAGAGACUGCCCCAACGCUCAAACUCGAGUCCCAGGCCGCGCGUUUGCCAUGACCCGAGAACAAGUGCGUCAAGAUCCGACGAUGAUCGCAGGUACCGUCCUUAUUCUUGGAGAACCCGUGUAUGCUUUGAUUGAUUCUGGUUCUACACACUCCUUUAUUUCCUCCAAUGUGUGCGUACGUCUUGGACUGAUACCAACUCAAGUAAGCCACGGAUAUCGCAUCUCUAUGCCCUCGGGCGAAGAAAUGAUCACUGACAAAAUAGUGAAGGAUUGGCCUAUUCGAAUUCAAUCCCAACCCAUGAGGUUCGAUCUCAUCGUCUUAGCAAUCGAGAACUUUGACCUCAUAAUGGGAAUGGAUUGGUUGACCAAGUUCAAGGCCCAAAUCAACUGCGCCCUAAAAACUCCACCAAACUCAUCAACAAGGGACAUAUCGGCUACCUAG